AUGAAGGGCUUCUGUCUGCGGUCCAAGUCUGAGAGUGAAGUCUGUAUCAAGAACCACAUUAUCAAGAUUCAGACUCAGUUCGGCACGAAAAUCAAGUUUGUUCGGCACGAUGGAGCGCAUGAGUUUGCGACCAACUCGAUCAAGACCUUCCAUGAAGAUCAUGGUAUCGAACAACAGAUCACGGUGCCGUAUGCACACCAGACCAACGGCACCGCAGAACGCGCGAUAAGGACCAUCGUCACGAUCGGACGCAGCUUGUUGCAUCAUGCAAAGCUGGAGAAGUGUUUCUGGGCUGAAGCGGCAAUGAAGGCGAUCUACAUCAAGAACCGCCUGCCUUCACCCAAGAUCGACCACAAGACUCCGUUCGAGAUCGUGUACAAGUCGAAACCAAGUGUCAAGCACAUGCGCGUGUUUGGAUGUCGGGCGUUUAUCCUGGCACCAAGGGAGAAGCGAUUGAAGUGGGACCCGAAGGCUCGUGAAGGGAUGUUCAUGGGCUACGAAGAAGCGUCAAAAGCUUAUCGAGUGUACGACAUUGAGGCGGGCCAAGUGGUGAUCAGUCGUGACAUCACCUUCGACGAAUCGACUUUUGACUUUUCGAUGGACCGACCAAGUGACGAUGAUGAAGGUGCGGAGUUGGACCUCGACCUCCUGGCGAUCAACGAGGACGACGUGCGUCAAACCGUCUACAAGCAGACUGGCAAGCGCAAGAGUGAAGCAAGACCCGGCAUGUCACGUUCAGCUCGCCCUCGGACUGGGUUGGAACAAGCAAGUGCGCCGGAACACGUCUCCAACCGUCACCAGAAACGACGAUCAAGUGCUCCAAAAACGAUGUCUGAUGACGAAGAAGAUGCAAGCGUCUACGAUCAAGAUGACGACUCGACGCCUCCAACAUUUUGGCGUGCAAGUGCAAACGCAGUGGAAGCAACGGACCUAGCAGAACCUGUGACUUUUCAAGACGCGAUCAAUGUUUUCCGUGCGGCAAAACUACCAAGAGGCCAAGGCGCGAUCGGCACCAAGUGGGGGUUCAAGAUCAAGCGCAAAGCGGAUGGAUCGGUCGAGAAAUACAAGGCGCGUCUCGUUGCCAAUGGCUUCAAGCAGAAGUACGGCAUCGACUACACAGAGACGUUCUCGCCCGUGGUCAAGUACGUGACACUGCGUAUGGUGAUCGCGAUCACCAAGUAUUUCGACUGGCCACUGGACCAACUCGAUGUGGUGACAGCCUUUCUCUACGGAGUGAUGAAGGAGAAGGUGUACUGCGUGGUACCAGAAGGCGUCGAGAUGGAUGGCGACUUCGACUGUCUCGAGUUGGUGAAGGCGAUCUACGGUCUCAAGCAAGCUUCACGUGUGUGGAACGAGACUUUCGACGAGUUCGUAUGCUCCAUCGGUUUCGAAGCGUCGGCGUUCGACCCAUGUCUCUACAUCAAGGUUGUCGACGGUCAUUGUGUGCUCGUGCUGGUCUACGUGGAUGACGUGUUGGUCACCGGCAGCUCGCUCGAGUUGAUUGCGCAGACGAAGGCCGACCUCAAGACGCGUUUCGAGAUGACCGACAGUGGCAAGUGUACUUUUGUACUGGGCAUCGAACUGGUGGAUGAAUCGGAUGGCAGCGUGACGAUGUGCCAGCGACGGUAUGUCAACGAUAUCCUCAAGUGCCUCGGCAUGGAUGAGUGCAAGGCCACAGCAACUUUGAUGCACUUGACGACUGCGACGCGCCCGGACAUUGCGUAUGCUGUGGGGUACGUCUCGCGCUUCAUGGAGAAUCCGCAGCAAGAACAUGGGACGGCGGUGAAGCGCAUCUUUCGUUACUUGCAAGGGACCAAGUCGCACGGACUCCGCUUCCAGCCAAGCGACAAGAUCGACUUUCGUGGCUACUCGGACGCGGACUGGGCCGGCGACCACGCUGAUCGCAAGUCGACUUCGGGUUACACUUUCAUGCUGAUGGGUGCUCCUGUGAGUUGGGGAAGCAAGAAGCAGUCUAGUGUGUCGCUGUCGACGAGUGAAGCGGAAUACAUCGCAAUGAGUCUGGCCAUCCAGGAAGGCAAGUGGGUGCAUCGAUUGUUAUGCGAAAUUUUGGCGGCCGCAAACGAACCAGGACCGGGCCUCGUCAUCCGUGAAGACAACCAUUCGUGCAUCAAGAUGACGAAGAAUCCGGUGAAUCAUGGCCGCGCCAAGCACAUCGACAUCAAGUACCAUCACAUCCGUGAUGAGGUCAAGCGCGGUGAAGUGCAGCUCGAGUAUUGCGAGACUUCCGUGAUGAUGGCGGACAUCAUGACCAAGGGACUUUCGGGACCUCGCCACAAGGACUUGACGACGGCUCUCGGCAUUUGUGCGAGUUCGGCUUGA